GGCUUUACGUCCUCGCGUUAGAUUCGGGCUGGCCUUCGUCGAGGUUCAGUCGAUUUCUGUUUCAUUGAUUUGUCGUGUACCAAAAGAGUAAAAGUUUUAAAAGUUUGUGUUCCGCUAAAGUGCGAUAUAUUUUCGCUGCAGCUGUUUGCAGGUCGGCAAGUGUGAAGCGCUGUAAUUCACAUUUUAGCCCGUUUCCUUUGUGACGGUCGACAUGGGUAAGAAACAAGGAGGCAAAUCAAAGAAAGAAGUUCAGGAGGUGGAGGAGUUUGUGGUGGAGAAGGUGAUCGACCAGCGAGUGGUCAAUGGGAAAGUUGAGUUUUUCCUUAAGUGGAAAGGCUUCACAGAUGCUGACAACACUUGGGAGCCUGAAGAGAAUUUGGACUGCCCUGAACUAAUUGCUGCAUUCCUGGAGUCUCAGAAAGGAGUGGUGGAAAAACCAGAAGCCGUAAAAAGAAAAUCCUCCACUGAUGAACCAGAAACAGAAGAGAGCAAGGCGAAGAGAAAGAAGGAAAUGUCUGACAAGCCAAGAGGGUUUGCAAGAAACCUUGAACCAGAGAGGAUCAUUGGAGCAACUGAUAGCAGUGGAGAGCUCAUGUUCCUCAUGAAGUGGAAGGACUCUGAUGAGGCAGACCUGGUACCUGCAAAGGAGGCUAACACCCGUUGCCCACAGAUAGUCAUUGCCUUUUAUGAGGAAAGACUAACUUGGCAUUCCUGUCCUGAGGAUGAGCAACAAUAGCUCCCCACAUCUUGCUAAAAUUGUGCUUUAGUGUCUUCCACCUGUACAGUAUUAGCAGAAGUGUUGAUAGCCUGACGGUGGAGGAUUUUUUUUUUUUUUUUUUUUUUUUUUUUUUUUUAAAUGUAUUGAGGUUUGGCUGGAAGCUUUGUGCAUGACUGUAGUGAACCAAUGAAAGUAUGUACAAAUGAGAUGAGUGUGUUUUUAAGGGUUACUAUAUAGGGCGCUUUAACUGUUUGUUUGAACUAGGUGUCACUGCAGUGCUGUUCAUCAUUAAUGCACUGGCUUUUCUUCUGCUCAUCUUGUCAUUCAGAAAGAUCCAAAACAUGUAUUCUGUUUAUGUUCAUAGUUUCUUUUGGUGGACAAUGCUGUCAUUACCGUAGUAGUUUUUCCUUUUAAUUCUUGUUUACAUGAAUAUUGGAGUUGUCUGUUUAUGUAAAUGUCUGUGUAAAUAUUUCUUAUUUUUUAGUUCAAUAAAGGUUUAUAUGCCUGCUUUUAA